CAUUUGUUUAAUCCUAAAUUCCAUUGUCUAUGUUGUUCAGCUUGAACGGGGUUUACAUGGCGUUGAGCCUGUGGUUGUUGCCAACUUUCCAACAAAGAAGUUCAAUGAUGAGCGCUUCUGUGGUACAGAAGAUGCUCAAUGCACAGUUUGCCUUUCAGAAUACCAUGAUGAAGACAUAUUGCGAAUCCUCCCCUCCUGUGGGCAUUCCUUCCAUGUAGCCUGUAUAGACAGAUGGCUGCAACAGCAUUCCACUUGCCCUGUAUGCCGAAUAUCACUACGUCAAUUUCCAGAGAGAAAGCGCUUGAUGCAACCAUUGUUUAGUUCAGCUAUUCGAUCUCAUUAUAGCAGAGGAUCUUUUCAUACACAUUCUAAUAACCGUUUGUUGAGGGGACAUGGCUUUUCAUCAAGGAACCAUCACAGCCAUGGGAUGAACCCAGUUCAAGAAAACCAUUUUGCUUCUGAGACUGAUGGAGUGGAAGCGGGGCAGAAUAUUUGCCCCCCUGCAGAAGGUGAUCAGGCGAUGAAAGACCCAAGAAACAAGCAAGUGGAGAGCCCAUCAAAUCCCUGAACACCUUGGUUUCUUGGAAUCGAAGGGCCUUCAACUGAGACAUCCAGUUUAUCAGAAACUUGUAAGACUGGCAUACCUUGCAGAAGUUGGAACUCAAAUUCUACCGGAUCCCUGCCUUGAGCAGCCUAUAUGUACUCCUGUGACUUACUGUAAAUAUUGCAAAAGUGAUUGCUUCUUAACAAUUUCCUCUUUUUGAUAUUUUCUGGCUUCUGGGCACUCCUCUCAAUGUGUCUGCAUAGAUAACUUCUUCUUUUUUCUUUUUUCUUUUUUUUGAUAAUAUAGGUAUCUAGUCCUU